AUGGCGCGAGACACUAUUCUGCUAGCAAAAUUGGUUUCAGAUGGUUUAUACAGAGAAGCUCUCAACUUCUUCUCGAAGCUGCACUCUUGUUCUUCCCACACCCCACUCUCCUUCUUCACAUUCCCGCCACUCUUCAAAGCAUGUGCCAACCUCUCUUCACCUUCCCACUCUCAAAUCCUCCAUGCCCAUCUCCUCAAAACCGGUUUCCAAUCAUGCCUUUACGCCUCCACCGCCCUUACCGCUGCCUAUGCCUCGAAAGCCAUGUUCUUACCCGAUGCUCUCAAGAUGUUCGACGAAAUGCCGCAACGGAAUGUUGCAUGUUUCAAUGCGGUGCUUUCUGGGCUCUCGCGAAAUGGACCUCCAGGGGAGGCUCUGAGGGUGUUCCGGCGAAUUGGGUUCUGGGCCUUGAGGCCCAGCUCCAUCACCGUCUCGUGUUUGCUCUCUGAUUGUGGUAUGUGGAGCCAUGUCGUUCAGGUGCAUUGCUUGGCGGUGAAGCUGGGAGUUGAGUUUGAUAUUUAUGUUGCCACUUCGCUCGUCACUGCGUAUUCAAAUUGUGGUGAUGUUGUUUCUGCGGGUGAGGUGUUUGAGAAAAUGCCUCUGAAGAGUGUGGUGAGUUAUAACGCUUUUGUUUCUGGGUUGUUGCAAAAUGGGGUUCCUCGUUUGGUUUUGGACGUGUUUAAGGACAUGAUGAUGGAGGGGUUUUUAAAGGUUAAACCCAAUUCUGUUACUUUGGUGUCUGCGCUCUCUGCUUGUGCUAUCUUGUUGUAUGCUUGUUUUGGUAGGCAGGUUCAUGGGCUUGCUUUAAAAUUUGCCUCAUAUGAUGAAGUUAUGGUUGUUACUGCACUUGUGGACAUGUAUUCUAAGUGUGGUUGUUGGCGUGCUGCUUUCGAUGUCUUCAAUGCAGCUGAAAGAAACAAUAGGAACUUGAUCACUUGGAACUCCAUGAUUUCUGGGAUGAUGCUGAAUGCACAGUGUGAUAUGGCUGUUGGUUUAUUUGAGAAAAUGGCGUCAGAAGGAUUGCAAGCCGAUUCGGCGACUUGGAACACCAUGAUCAGUGGAUUUGCACAAGAAGGGGGGUGUGUUGAAGCUUUUAAGUACUUCAGGGAAAUGCAAUCUAAUGGGGUGGCUCCAUGUUUGAAGACACUUACUAGUCUUUUGUCAGCGUUUGCAGAUUCAUCUGCAUUAGGACAUGGAAAAGGGAUACAUGGGUAUGCUAUAAGAGGUGAUAUUGAUAGGGAUGAUUUUCUAGCAACUGCUUUAGUUGACUUGUACAUGAAAUGUGGCCGUGCUUCUUUGGCACGAGGAGUUUUUGACCGAUUUGAUACAAAACCAAAUGACCCGGCUUUUUGGAAUGCAAUGAUAGGAGGGUAUGGAAGAAAUGGAGACUAUGAAUCAGCCUUUGAAAUCUUUGAUAGAAUGCUACAAGAAAAAGUUGAACCAAACAGUGCAACAUUUGUUAGUGUCCUAUCUUCUUGCAGCCACACAGGUCAGGUAGAUAGAGGAUUACAAAUUUUCAAAAUGAUGAAAAAACAGUAUGGUUUGCUGCCAAAGCCUGAGCAUUUUGGUUGCAUGGUUGACCUUCUAGGUCGGUCCGGCCAGUUGGACGAAGCUCGAGAAUUAUUGCAAGAAUUGGUCGAGCCACCUGCAUCUGUUUAUGAUUCUUUGCUUGGUGCAUGUAAGAGCUACUUGGAUUCUGAUCUUGGUGAAGAAAUGGCUAUGAAGCUUCUAGAUAUAGAACCAGAAAAACCAGCUCCUUUGGUGGUCUUGUCUAACAUUUAUGCUGGAUUAGGGAGAUGGCACGAGGUCGAAAGGAUAAGAGGGAUAAUCACCAAUAAAGGAUUGGACAAAAUCUCUGGCUUUAGUAUGAUUGAUGUUGCAUGAGAAUUGCUUAUACAAUACAAACAUACAAAUCAAAUGUUUUCUGUGGAAACAUAAAAGAGUGUGCUACAUUUAGAGUGUUCCAUCUAUUUAUUUAAACUUCAAUGCAAAUCAGUGAUUCAACAUCUCGUUAGCUGCAAAGCCAUAGUAAUCGUCAAAAUGGUAUGAUGGUUCAUUGAUGAAACAAGAGAUUACAUCUCUCAGAGUGAUGACUCCAACCAGUUCUUCCUGCUCAUUUACUGCAUAAAUCCUGUGAAUAGACUGAGAAGAAAGUGUAUGGAUUACACUCCCCAACGUCGCAUCAGGCUUGCAUGUUAUGGGCCGUGCAAUUUUUCCAGUUUCUUGGGUUGCUGCGGCAAUUUUGUUCAUGAAAUCAUUCACAGUAAGCUUCCUGAAAGUCAAAAUAAAGGGUUGGUGAAGACCACUAAGCAAUCAGUUUUCAACAAGCUUUUAUGAUUACCAUAAGGAAGAAAGAAAAGAAUCAUCACAUACACUGUACACACUGAUGCUCACAUGUAUAUUAGCAUUAGGUGAUCAAUAAUAUAUUCAGCCUGGUUAGAUUAAUAUUCAUUAGAACU